UCUCAUUUAAAUAAUCCCACUCACGCAUGCGCAGCAGAUAGAUACGGGGAGCAAAAUGGCAGACAUCUCUCUGGACGAGGUGAUACGACAGCGCGGCCUCAACACCAAACAACAGACCAUUAAAAGACCGAUGUUUGGAAGAGGCGCUGGAGCGUCUGGCCGCGGCUUUGACGCGCGGCAGAAGAUCGGAGCCAACGAUGUUCGACAGAGGAUUGGACUUGGUGCAGGCUUCCAAGUGAAAGACGCCAGAGAGAAAAUCGGGCAGAAAGACGCACGCUUCAGAAUCCGAGGAGGCGGAGGGGGAGGUGUGCAGGACGCCCGACAGAUGAUUAACUCUCGAAAGCAGGUCCAACACCACCAGCUCGGCUCCCCCCCACAGAUCGCUCACCCCCACCCAGCUGCCGGGCAGCACCACCUGAUGAACCACAUGUCGCAGAUGCACAUCCACACCGGCCCCGGGUCCCUGGGGGGCGGUGGGGUGGGCCGGCAGUUCCCCCCAACCGGUCUACAAAUGGGUGCGCCAGGCGUCCGAGGUGGGCCCCUGCCCUCCAAGCCACUGGACGCCCGUGAUCGACUGAGCCUGAAGAGGGGCAUCGGAGCAUCGCAGAGUCAGAUGGCCAUGACGGCACCCUUCAAGAUCACCAAAACCAUCCAGCAACGACCGGUGGGGACGUCCAGCGGGAUCCGUCUGGGUGGGCAGCAGUCUUUUACAGGGGAACAGGAUGGCAUUCCCCCCAAGCAAAUGAAGAUCACUACAAAUAACAACAACAGCAACAUGCUACAGUCGAGGCCGGGGACCAUGGGCUCCCCGUUCUCCAUGUCGGGCCCCAUCACCAAGGUGGUGAAGAACGACGCCUACACGGCCCCCCAGGCCCCAGUCCCAGUGGCCCCGACCCGGCCCGGCCCCAGCCCCACGGCCUUCCGCUCCUCCAGUGCCGCGCUGAAGCCCGUCUCCAGAACACUGCAGCAGGCCCCCGCGGCCCUCAGUCCCCCGCCCCCCGCCCCGCCUCAGCCGGCCGUCAGUCCUUUAGAGGGAACCAAGAUCACAGUCAACAACCUUCACCCCCGCGUCACAGAGGAGGACAUAGUGGAGCUGUUCUGCGUGUGCGGUGCCUUAAAGCGGGCACGGUUGGUGAAGGUGGGCGUGGCCGAGGUGGUGUUUGUGCGUAAAGACGACGCCGUCAGCGCCUACAGGAAGUACAACAACCGCUGUCUGGACGGUCAACCCAUGAAAUGUAACCUUCACAUCCAAGGAAAUGUCAUCACUUCUGACCAGCCAAUUCUCUUGAGGCUCAGUGAUUCCCCCGGAGGAGGUGUGAAGAGAGACGGCCUCCCGCCCUCCUUGUCUCGGCCAGCCGGCCAGCGCUCCUCCUCCCAGCCGACCCCCGAGGUCGACCCCCAGACCAUCCUCAAGGCUCUCUUCAAGUCUCCCUCCUCCCAGUCCUCGCCCACCUCCUCCGGCGCCGCGGCCAACUCCCAGGCCACUGCCUUCCGCAUCAAGAUCUAGCCAGCAUCCGGGUCCUAGCGAGCGUAUGGUUUCUAGCUAGCCUUAUCGAUCUGGCUAGCAUCUGGGUGUUUUGCUAGUGUUUAGCUCUGGCUAAGUUCCACUGUCAGUUGACCAGAGAGGUGUACACGCCGCCUCCAUCAGUAUAGACUAACUCGCCCUCUGGUUCUCCUUUAUACUCUGGUUUUCAUUUUUCUAACCACAGGAAACCCACUCUAAAAUAUGAUGUGUUUUGACAGCCGAACGACACCAAUGCCUGUUUUUUUGAUCCCCAAUGUUCAUUUCCGUUUAUUUUAUUUUUAAUCUUCUACCUUCCAGUAUACUUUCGUCGCGGCGCUUCCCAGUUGGACCAAUGGAAGCUGCUGGAAUGUUUUUAUUGUAUGGGGGGAAAACAAGGCAAUACCGGUGUAUACCUGGAGUUAUGGAGAUGUAUUUCAGUGCUCAUAAACUUCUCAUUGAUCGCUGCACCAACCAAAUGAUUACAAGAACCCACAAUUGGAUUUCAAAAUAUUUCAUCAAUCCCUGUAAACUGUUAAUAUGUUUGUAGUAGUUCAUGUCUUAUCUUUGCCAUUUUUGUGGUUUACUUUUUUUCUCGUGAUCUGCAAUUUUUCUCUUUGGUUCGGCCUUUUCGAAGUUGUGUAUCAGAAGCCAUGACUGUCUGCUGCGUUGUCAUGUGUCACUUGAGUACUCGACAUGAAGUAGUGAAAAUAUCCCAUUAAAUCGUAUGCUUUGUAGACCUUCUA